AUGGCUUCCAGAGGCUUUUCCAAGGCUCUUCGUAGCCAAUUGGCCCGUCGAGUGGCUUCGCCCGCUGUUCAGCAACGUUCUUUCGUUGCUGCGUCCAACAUCGCCAGAACUACUAUCAAGGCUCGUCCCGCUCUAGCUGGUGCCGUUCAGCAACAGGUUCGCGGUGUCAAGACCAUUGACUUCGCUGGAACCUCCGAGGAGGUCUACGAGCGUGCUGACUGGCCUAAGGAGAAGCUCUUGGAAUACUUCAAGAACGACACCCUCGCCCUUAUCGGCUACGGUUCGCAAGGUCACGGCCAGGGUCUUAACCUCCGUGACAACGGCCUGAACGUUAUUAUCGGUGUCAGGAAGAACGGUCAGUCGUGGAAGGAUGCUGAGCAGGAUGGCUGGGUUCCCGGCAAGAACCUCUUUGAGGUCGACGAGGCUAUCUCCAAGGGUAGCAUCGUCAUGAACUUGCUCAGUGACGCCGCCCAGAGCGAGACGUGGCCCGCUAUCAAGCCCCAAUUAACUAAGGGCAAGACUCUAUAUUUCUCGCACGGUUUCUCGCCUGUCUUUAAGGAUAUCACCAAGGUUGAUGUUCCCAAGGACAUUGACGUCAUCCUCGUUGCCCCUAAGGGCUCUGGCCGAACCGUCCGAUCUCUCUUCCGUGAAGGUCGGGGUAUUAACUCUUCCUACGCGGUCUUCCAGGAUGUCACUGGCAAGGCUGAGGAGAAGGCUCAGGCCCUCGGUGUUGCUGUUGGCAGCGGAUACCUCUACAAGACCACCUUUGAGAAGGAGGUCUACUCUGACUUGUACGGUGAGCGUGGCUGCUUGAUGGGAGGUAUCCAUGGUAUGUUCUUAGCUCAAUAUGAGGUUCUCCGAGAACGUGGCCACAGCCCCAGCGAGGCCUUCAACGAGACCGUUGAGGAAGCCACCCAGAGUUUAUACCCUCUGAUUGGUGCCAACGGUAUGGAUUGGAUGUACGAGGCUUGCUCUACUACCGCCCGACGAGGUGCCAUUGACUGGACCCCGAGAUUCAAGAGCGCCCUGAAGCCCGUCUUCAACCAACUCUAUGACGCUGUCAGGGAUGGUACCGAGACUAAGCGAUCGCUCGAGUACAACAGUCAGAAGGAUUACCGACAGAAGUUUGAGUCUGAGAUGGAGGAGAUCCGCAACAUGGAGAUCUGGAAGGCCGGCAAGGCCGUGAGAUCUCUCCGACCCGAAAACCAAAAAUAA